GGCCGGCGCCGGAAGUGUGCGGUUGCCAUGUAAUAUCCUGGCCGCGCGGGCGCGAGAGGGGCUGAGGCUGCGCCCGGGCGGGCGCGGAGCUGGCGAGAAGGCUGCGGAGGCGGUGCCGACGGGGCCAGCUGAAGCGCGCGGGGGCUCGGCGGCGCCCGGGAGCCUGUCGCUUGCGCUGUUUCUCCGGUUCGCUGGGUCCCAACGGGAAGUCCGACGGCGGAAGGCAGAAUGUCGGUGGCGGGGCUGAAGAAGCAGUUCUACAAGGCGAGCCAGAGUCUUCAUGGAGAAUCAGGAAAUCCUGCAGACUUGAAUUAAGGCUCAGAAGAUUAGGGUGGAUUCCCAAGUGUCUGGAAAGAGGCAUGACACUCGUCAGCGAGAAGGUCGGAGGGGCUGAAGGGACCAAGCUUGACGAUGACUUCAAAGAGAUGGAGAAGAAGGUGGAUGUUACCAGCAAGGCUGUGGUGGAAGUGCUGGCCAGAACCAUCGAAUACCUGCAGCCCAACCCAGGUAGGGGCACCAGCUAGCUGCAAGUUCUUCCGGUUACCACAGCAUGAAGAAGGAACCCUCACGGGCCAAGCUGACGAUGCUCAACACGGUAUCCAAGAUCCGUGGGCAGGUGAAGAAUCCUGGCUACCCGCAGUCGGAGGGCCUGCUGGGCGAGUGCAUGAUUCGUCACGGGAAGGAGCUGGGUGGCGAGUCCAACUUCGGCAUCCUGUGAUGGCUUCUUCCCCACCCCCCACCCCCACAGGCGACGCCCUGCUGGAUGCAGGGGAGUCCAUGAAGUGCCUGGCAGAGGUGAAGGACUCCUUGGACAUAGAGGUCAAGCAGAACUUCAUCGAUCCCCUGCAGAACCUGUGCGACAAAGACCUGAAGGAGAUCCAGCACCACUUGAAGAAGCUAGAGGGCCGCCGCCUGGACUUUGACUAUAAGAAGAAGCGGCAGGGCAAGAUCCCCGAUGAGGAGCUGCGCCAGGCCCUGGAGAAGUUCGAAGAGUCCAAGGAGGUGGCUGAGACCAGCAUGCACAACCUCCUGGAGACUGAUAUUGAGCAGGUGAGCCAGCUCUCUGCCCUGGUGGAUGCCCAGCUGGAAUACCACCGGCAGGCCGUGCAGAUCCUGGACGAGCUGGCCAGCAAGCUUAAGCGAAGGAUGCGGGAAGCCUCUUCGCGCCCCAAGCGUGAAUACAAGCCCAAGCCCCGGGAGAGCUUUGACCUUGGAGAGCCUGAGCAGUCCAACGGGGGCUUCCCGGCCCCCAAGAUCUCAGCUUCGUCAUCUUUCCGAUCUUCCGACAAGCCCGUACGGACCCCCAGCAGGAGCAUGCCGCCCCUGGACCAGCCAAGCUGCAAGGCACUCUAUGACUUUGAGCCCGAGAACGAUGGGGAGCUGGGCUUCCAUGAGGGCGACAUCAUCACGCUGACCAACCAGAUCGACGAGAACUGGUACGAGGGCAUGCUCCAUGGCCAGUCGGGCUUCUUCCCCCUCAGCUACGUGGAGGUGCUGGUGCCCCUGCCUCAGUGACAGCGUGGGCCUGCUCACCUCUCCGUCCAGAUCGCCUGUAUUCCACUCGGCCCGAAGCACAGCAAGGGUAGUGCUCCUCCCAGGGCCUCCCGAGGUAUUCCCAGGGCACCAGGACUCGAGGCAGCAGGGCCAUCGGAGAGGCCAGGGGCCCUGUUUACACUAGUGCUCACCCAUCGAGGUGGUGGGGGCUCCCCUCCCCACCCGCCCUGAGGGGGGCUAACACUAAGGUGCUCUUAGAAACACUAACUUCCUCCCGCCCCUCCAGGACCGUGGGCGGGUCCCCUUCACUCAGACACACACAUGCCCUCUGACCCCUCCACACUGGGGCCUGGCCCACCCUGACCUGCCCUUAUUGUGAGCAGAUUGAAAGUCUUUGUGAUGGGGUGGUCCAAGCACCCUGCUUUUAAAUUCCCCCAAGAACUCCUCCUCAGGCCCCUGCAUGCCCACAGAUGCCACCUGCUUAGUAGGGCCUCACCCAGGAGCCCAGUCCCCUAAGGACAGGCCCUGUCCUCAGCUGCAGGGUGCUGAGCCCUACACACCCAUGCGCACCCUACCCCUGACCAAGCACAUGGACCAUUUCUGGCACAAGCUGCCACCACCAGCUACAGACACAUAGACACAGACACACCAUACACGGGACCAUGGGAGCCCCCAGCUUCCUCUCUGCUGAAGGUCAAGCACAAAGGCUUUGAUGAGUGAAUGUUGCCAGACUCCUGGCUGCUCGGGAGGGUCACAGGGCCUCCCCCAUCCCACGUUGGCUGCCCUCCCCCUGUUGACAGUAUCCCCAGCUGUCUCCUCCAGACCAAGGUAGGCAGCUGCCCAGACCAGCAGGGCCCCAGCCCUGCAUCCGCUUCGCCUCUUGCCUAAUCUGAAAUCGGCCUCGGGGGACCUCGGGCCUGGUUCACAUUCCCUUCCCCAGUGACCCUGCACAGCCCCCAUGACACCAGGCUCUGCUCGUCCCCAAGGCCCCCCCACCAUCAUGAGUGGGUGAGACACAGGCAUCCGGACCAAGACAAGCAGCAUAGCCUUGGUCAGUCUAGGGCAGAAGGAAAUGUAAUCCUGAUUUUUUUUUUAAAAGAAGUAUUAAACGUCUCUUUCUACAGUC